UCUACUCAGAGAUAUAUUAGAGACCCGAGCGAAGAAAGGGACGGAAGUAAAGAGUAACCGCUCGAAACAAUCUCAUUUUAAAUACUACAAGACAAUCUCUUGGACAUUAUUCAUUCACUUCAAUCAACAUCACUUUUCAAUCUUCUGUCUUCACCUGUUCCAAAGUCAUCAUGUCUCAGCAGCAGAUCAGCCUCCCAGCCAAGCUCAUUAACGGUGGCAUUGCUGGCAUUGUUGGAGUUACUUGUGUCUUUCCCAUUGACUUGGCAAAGACCAGGUUACAGAAUCAGAGACCAGGUCAGCAGGUCUACAAGAGCAUGAUGGACUGCCUUGUCAAGACAGUUCGAUCAGAGGGAUACUUUGGAAUGUACAGAGGUGCUGCUGUAAAUUUGACCUUGGUCACUCCCGAGAAAGCAAUCAAGCUGGCUGCUAAUGACUUCUUCCGCCAUCACCUUGCCAAGGAUGGAAAGGGGCUGACAGUGUUCAAAGAAAUGCUGGCAGGUUGUGGUGCCGGCAUGUGCCAAGUCGUUGUCACCACCCCUAUGGAAAUGCUCAAAAUACAACUACAGGAUGCGGGCAGACUCGCGGCCCAGCAGCAAAAACCAGUCAUGAUGGCUUCCACAAAACUUGUGGCCACCAACGCUGUGCCCAGCCGCUCCUUCAACUCUGGCGCAGUGGUCGCCCCUCCACGAGCUGUGUCAGCCACACAGAUUGCAAAAGAACUUUUCCUUACACAGGGCAUCCAGGGGCUCUACAAGGGUCUGGGGGCAACACUAAUGAGGGAUGUUCCCUUUUCUGUCGUUUACUUCCCAUUGUUUGCUAAUCUGAACCAACUGGGCAAACCCAGCCCCGAGGGGUCGUCGCCCUUCUAUUGGGCGUUCCUCUCCGGCUGUGUUGCAGGAUCCACUGCUGCGGUAGCUGUUAACCCCUGUGAUGUGGUGAAGACUAGACUGCAGUCGCUAAACAAAGGGGCCAGUGAGGAGACUUACAAUGGCGUUGUGGAUUGUGUGAGUAAAAUAAUGCGAAAGGAGGGACCGUCUGCCUUCCUGAAAGGUGCAGGCUGCCGGGCACUGGUCAUCGCACCUCUAUUUGGAAUUGCACAGGUUAUGUACUUUGUUGGUGUUGGCGAAUACAUCUUGGACAACUCACCUCUGAGCUUCCUGGCAGCAUGAGACCAUGUCCUCCUGCUGACUGGCUAUGCACAGGACCUGGUGGAACAUCUGGCAGCUACGUACUAUUGGUUUACAGAAAAGAAGAAAAAAAAAAAAAAGUCUUUUUUUGACAGAGUCAGAAAGACGUCAAGAUGUAAAGCCCUCUAAUUUCAUCAUCCCUAUGGUUUGACAGCUGUGUUGCACUUAAACACUUUUGUGACUUAUUCAGUAGGCUGUGGCCAAUGUUUGCACAUGAAGCAGUUAGCCUUACUGGGUUGGGGACUCAAGAGUUGUAAUGUCGAUCUUUCUUUGUCCCCAGCAGUCAUGUUUAGUUUCCCUCUGUGAGGGAGGGGAGCAAAUGCCAUCAGACAGACCUACUCUUUGUGUGUUUUCUUCCAUAAUAACCUUUCAUAUUCUUUUGUACGUGUAUGUGAGUGUACUUUAAAUUGUUCAAUGCAGUACUCUGUGUUCGUUAUGUUUUUCUUCCAAUUCAGUUACUGUCUGAUGUUACAGAGCCUUCAACUUGGAACUAAGAUUUAAAAUAGGUGAUACAGUAUAUGAAAAGUAUUGCAAAAAGGAUCUGCUUUUUUUGUUUGUUUGUUUGAUUUUUGUUUUACAUACAUUUUCAGCAUUUAUAAGUGCUUGACUGAUGAACCUUCCUACUGACAUGGGACCACACAGUUAAAACAAUAAACUGUGUCCACGUAAAUACUUGAUAUUAUCCUUACAGUUGUUGUUGUUCUGUGAACAGCUCUCUCUGUAUUUUAAUAUCUGCACAACUUGAGAUGCAUUCAUGCACAUUAUGUAUUUUUUGUUAUGUGUUUGUCCACAUAGCUUCACCUGAAAUAUUUACAUAUGCAUACCAACAGUUGUACUCAAGAGGCUGGUUCAUGCCUCAUAAGGGGAAAAAAAAUUGGCACUUCUCUCUGAUUCUGAGGAGUAAAAAAGCAUUAUUGUAGUACUGUGAACAUGUGAAAAAUGACUGUUACUAUACUCUGUGUUUGUGAUGGCUUUUCUUUUUUACAUACUGAAUAUAUACAUUAAAAUUUGAAAUGCA